AUGGUUCCUUGGAUUUAUAAUGUCUUUGGAGAGUGUGUUCAUUCACCUUUGGAACAAGCUUCUUUCUAUGUGGGUUUAGUUUCGAUUGCCUUGUGGAUGUGUGCUCUCUUUCCACAAAUUAUUGCAAAUUUCAAGAAUAGAGAUGCUAGUUCACUAUCUGCUGGAUUCUUGGCUCAGAAUGUGAUGGGAGAUGCUAGUAAUUUGCUUGCGUGUGUAUUGAGUGGUCAAUUGAUUACUCAAAUUUUGUUGGCUUCGUAUUUUGUUUCGAUGGAUUUCAUUUUGGUUUUCCAAUACUUGUACUAUGUGGUUUGGUUGCAAAAGAUUAGAGGAAGGAAGGUUGAGAAGAAGGAAGAACAAGUUGAGGAUAAGAAAUCCAUUGAAAUUUCACCAAUUAGUUCGUCGAGUUUAAAUUUGUCAAAUGUGACAUCGAGUCAGAUGGAUGAUUUUGAAGAUGUUGAAUUGAAAUCCACACAAUUACAAUCAUCCAAAGUAGUUUCAUUAUUUAUUAUACUCUUACUGGAUUUCGUUUUCCCUCCAAACACUGUUCAAGGUAUCAUUGGCUAUACAAUUGGUUGUAUUUGUGCAAUCAUGUAUGUUGGCAGUAGAUUGCCUCAAAUUUAUUGGAAUUUCUCCAGAAAGUCAACCGACGGCUUGUCGCCAACCUAUUUCAGCAUUGGAAUAUUUGGUAACAUGUGUUAUUUGACCUCUAUUUGGCUCUACAGUGUUCAACCAAAUUAUCUUCUUGGUCGUCUUCCUUGGUUGACUGAAUCGACCAUUAAUAUCUUCCUCGAUUGUUUAAUACUGAGUCAAUACUAUUAUUAUACUCAUUUCAAGAGAGGUUCAUUCAAAUAUUCAGAUCUUGAAUCGAAAGGAGUUAUCCCAGCCACCAUUGAAAAUGAGAAGGAAAAUCACCGUGUUGCUAGUAUUGAUGAAUCUUCACUUUCUUCCGUGACUUUUAAUGAAGUUGCAGCCAUGCACGAAUUGGCUAAACAUUUACCUGAUGAGAAUGAAUCCACUUCUGAUUUGAAAAUUUUGAAUAAAUAG